UUGCAGGUGUUGUCUGUUAGUUAAGAGAUGAGAUGAAAAGUACAGUGGAGCCCAUGAAUAGUGAAAAGAUAUGAUGAUUAAGAGACGAAUAAGAGACCGCGUUUACCGAUAGCCUAACAGCUCCACUGAAAUGUUAAAUAUCCGUCAUCAUGACACCAUUUUCACACCUUAAAUCAAAUCAUAGUUUGAUUAAAUUUUCAUCACUCCUAAACAAAACACCUAAUUUCAGAAAUAUGGAUUCCAAAUUGAUCAAACACAAGGCAUUCCCCAAAACCUCGCUGCUCAAGGACUACUUGAUGGACGACAUGAGCUCCUGCUCAUCCAACGGCUUCAAAUCGUUCCCGAGAAGGCAAUGCUGCCCCAGCACCGUCCGAUUCCUCGUCGAGAUCGACCUCAAUCAGCAGAAAAAGUAUUUCAUCUUCAACAAAAGCCCUUCCAAAUCCGCCGCCUCCGCGUUCCAGAGAGUCAUCGCCGCCGUGAAACGCCUACCAUUCGGCUCGCCGGGUAAGUCGAUCCUGCCGCGCAGCCUUUCCAGGAAAAUCCUACGGAAAACUAUCUUCUGGAAGAGGAAUUCGAGCGACAAGGAGAUCCAGCGGCUCAAAUCGUUCGAUCAGCUGAUGAAGGAGGAUUCUCCGCCGUUGGAUAUUCCCACCGAUUUCAACGCGUGUUCCAGGGGUAAUUCAUCCAAUUUUACUGAGGUGAAAAGAGAGGAAGACGUCGACGUCGACGUAGUGAUACUAAAAGACGGCGAUGUUACGACUGACGCCUCAAGCACCGGUGGCGCCGCCACCGAAUACUCCACAGAGAGGUCAGUAAGUGAAGAGAAAGAACAGUUCAGCCCCGUGUCGGUGUUGGAUUGUCCAUUCGAUGAUGAUGAAGUUUCAUCUCCUUUCCCACCUAUGGAAGUAGGAAGUAGGAAUCCAAAGAUUGAGAGGUUUGGAGGUGUGGAUCCCAUCAACCUAAGCAAACGCUUCGAAUCUACAGAAUCUCCGUUGCCUCAUUCUUCUGUGUCAAGCACCCGAGAAGAAGGCGAACUAGAAGAGGACGAGGUGAAGCGAGCCGAGCAAAAGGCAAUGGAUUUAUUGCAACAAGUGAUGCCACCAUGCAAGGCAGACAGGCUUCUGCUAGAUUUCUUCAGAGAGAAAAUCAUGUCGAGGCAAUGGGGAGAGGAUUACUGCGAAGAUCUGGUACGAGAAGCAGAGAGCUGGAUCAACAGCACAGCAUUAAUCCGCGAUGCUCUUCUCAGAUGGAACAGGCAGUCUUACGUGGAAGAGAUGGAAGAGUUGAAGGAGUGGAGAUGCUUUGAUGGAGAGAUUAGGGAGAUGGGGGGGUUGGAGUUGGAAGCUGUGGUUUUUGAUGCAUUGUUUGAUGAGUUGGUGGUAGAUAUCUCAUCUGUCACCGUCGUCUGAGGAGUCGAAACUGCGGUUGUUUUGGUCAUUCUAGCGCUGGGAUAGAGAUGCUUAGAAUGACUAAAACCACCUUUGAGAUAUACUUGGUUUUGUGUUUUUAUACAAUAAUGAAUUGGUGAUUAAUUUUUGGGACA